AGUUGCUCACUAAUACUCUGAUAUGCUGAGUAGGGAAAGAGUAUUUACAAGCCAUUUCGACAACAACAUAUAUAUCUGUAAACAGUUCCAAUGACGGCAGGACUACAGAAAGCGGCAAAAGAAGAAAUUAUGAAGCUGAGCAAAGGGCAUACUGUUGUGCUAGUUAUGUUCGGAAUCGCACUCAUCGCUCUGGUGGUUAUGAAUAUAAUUUCAUUGUCAUUGACUGUGCAGAUAUCAGAAGAAAGAAGUCACUACAAGAAUGGCAUACAUGCGCCUGAAGUGAGAAAAACUGCAAUAAUGACAACAAAGGAAGGCUGCAUCCCAAAGGAAGAAAUAUCGUUUCAGAAUGAAUGCUAUUUUUUUUCCUCCGAUAUGCCUCAGCUUACCUGGAUUCAAAGUCGGGAUUAUUGCAAACAAAGGAAUUCUGAUUUAGUUAUAAUCAAAAGCCCUGAAUUGCAGGAAUUCUUAACAAUGAUCACAAUAAAGGAUGGAUUUUUCUACUGGAUUGGACUACGCAAUUUUGUUGGCAAAACCUGGAAAUGGGUUGAUGGGACUACUUGUGAUGUCACUGAUAAAAACACAACAUAUUUUAUACCUGGAAAACCUAGUGGCAAUGACACAGGGUACUGUGUCUUUAUGUCAAGUCAGAAUGGUCUAUGGGAUACUCAGAAAUGUGACUAUAAUUACCGAUGGGCAUGUGUCAGAAAGAUAAUUCACUAGUGGAAGAAGAAGACAAUGACAUUACUGACAACUAACUAUACUGACAAGGGUUUUGAAAGUCUAAGGAAAAAUGUUGUCAGUCAAAAAAAUAAAGCUUGCUUAUUAUAACUAAUAAUUCUGUAAUCAAAUGUUAUGAAUUUUAAUUGUCCCACUGAUUUCACAUGGCAGAGCCUAAUGGACAAGUGGCAAUAAAAAAUGCUCUAAUUA